CUCAUCGACCUUACACCAAUAUAUUGCAUCACCUCCUAUGAUUCUUCAAUGACUUCGACGCAGUUUACAGCCUUGAUCCGGCUACCUUUCGCGCGUGGCAACUUUGUAGAUCCGCCACAAGCACAAUGGGAUGCCGAGAAGGACCGUCAACUAUGGAAGGUCAUCUCAAAGUCAUCUAAGACCAGCGACCUCAACUGGGUGGAACUAGCAUCCAAGUUCCAAGUGCCUCCUACGUUCCUGCUUCAGCAAGCGGCGUGGCUGUAUGAACGACAUUUCGAACAUGUUCGCAAUCAGAUGAAGAGAGUCAGCGGUUCAACUGUUACAGCACCCGCUGCGUCUGGCGGCGGAAGCACCCUGACCCCUGUAGGUGGUGUUGCAAUGCAAAGAGCUGGUAGCGGUGGUGCUGGACCUCCACGAACGACUUCUGCUUUGUCUGGUGGGCUCAGGAAUAGCCCAAGCCUCGGUCUACAAGAAGCCAUUGAGCCUGCUCCAGCGCUGACAAGGACGCCUUCUACAACAACCAUUACACAAUCUCGUGCCCAAGCUCAGCAGCUGCCGACUCGAACACUGUCUGCACGAUCAACGCAACGACCUAAUCUUGCCAGACCUACCAGAGAUGAUCGGUCUAUCUCCCCAGGACACGUUACCCACACGACGCUCCAAGAUCUACCAGAUUCUCCGGAGAUUCCGGCCUCGUCUUCGCCGAGUUCAUCUUCACUAUCCGACACCGAUCAUCCAGCUCAUCGUAGCCAGCUAUUUAAGAGGCCGCCUCGCUUUCAGCAGAAACGACCUCGUGAACUAGUCCCAUUUGCAGAAGGUGACGGUAUGCAGGAAGCGGACGAAGCAGGUUCACAAGGUAAUACCUUGCUACCUUUUGCAUCCGCUGCAAGGCGAGCGCCCGGUGCACCACGACAAAGCCAGCCCGAGCAGAAGACUCGACUUGUCGAUCGGCAGAAGAGCAGCACAGCAGCGAAGCCUAGCAGUCCACAGUCUCAGGCAACAACUGAGACAGCAUCCUCCAUGACGAGCUCUGCUUCUGCUAGCGAUGCGCCUUCCGGUCCUCAAGCAGCUGCAAAGAGUCCUGUGAGCCCCAACUUCAAUCACCGCGCGGCAAUGGCAAACCUUGGGAGUCCGAGAGCGCAAGCGUUGAGGCGAAAGGAGGGAAGUGAAGGCACACCAAGCAUGGGGAGCAGCUUUAGUGACAUCGAUGAUGCGGGCAUUAGCCAGUCGGCGUUGGAGGAAGCUUUGCUCAGCAACAUGCAGCAUGGGAGGAUGAGCACACUCAGUCGGAUGUCUCACGCAUGGAAGCAGUAGUAUUCUGCCUUUCUUUCACUUACACCUAGUAUCGCAAGCAUGAUGUGUGUGCAUAGUGCUGCGGUCUUGGCACCAUGGGCGAGACUUUCACAAGACACAAUGAUACAUGCUACACUUCUCAG